AUGGAAUUUACACUAUUUUUCAAUGGUUUUUCAAGUGGUAAUCUGUGGAAAUUUAUAUUUUUAAUAUUAAAUUUUUUAUUUUUAAAUAUUAUAUAUAACAAACCUAACAAGAUCAAUAUGUUUCGACAAGUUUGG